AUGAGUUCGAUUGAUUUUUAUCUAUAUUAUGGUGGGGAGCCCUGCAGUGAUGUGACUUAUGGAGUGACAUAUGAAGGGCCUGGUAAAAAGAUAGAGAUUAUUCAGCUAAAAAAAGGGCGGGAGAUCAAUUUGAAGAAGUUGAAAAAGAAAAUUAUGAAAGAGCUGGAUUUGGACCGUCGGUUGCAUGACAUAAAAAUUAUAUAUCGUGCUCCUCAUGUAGUGUUCAAUGACCGUAUUGUCUUCACGCCUAUUGAAAUAAAAGGAGACAAGCAUGUUAAGAUUAUGCUUGACCGGAUAAACUCUACACCCCAAUUAAAAGCUGCCGAGUUGUAUAUAAGUGUGGAGUCUCGUGUAGAAGUUGGCAGUAAAGAUGUGCAACAAACAACUUUGGAGGGUGGUGGCAGGGAAGAAUUCCAAUCAUUACAGACGGAUAAUUAUCCUGUUCUUACCCUGUGCACCACAGUUGGAGGCUAUACACCACCAUACCAAGAGACAGCAACUUCAAUGGAGGUUUGUGGAUCUAGUUAUCAACAAGAAUGUAUUCAAAAUCUAGGGAGGGAAGACGAAGACGAAGAUGAUGUUGAUCAUGGUAGAGAUGAGUACGAAGAGAUGAUUGGGAGAGAUGACUUUCACGAGAAUACUAUAAACUAUGAAAAUGUUGACAAUGUCCGUGAUGAUGUCGUGGAUGAUCAUGAUGAUGAUGCUAUAGGCGAUGGUAUAGGUUUGCAGCCUGCAGUCCCUACAUAUGAAGCUCAUGGCCCAUCAUUCCAUGCAAACACUUUGGAUAAUAUAGUUGAUCCUUCAAAUGUUGAGCUACCAUUUUUAUCAAGUUGGGUGCAGGGAAUGAAUUUUAGCAAAGGAUUGAUUUUCCCCAAUAAAGAGGCGGUGAGACAAGCAUUAAUAGUUUACUCUAUGGACAACAACAAGAAUUAUAUAAUUGAGUGGUCCAACCAGCAAAGAUUGUGUGUGAAGUGCUCGAAUGAGUCAUGUGCAUGGAAAGUUCGAGCAUUCCUGCAACGGAAGCUUAACGGGUUAUGGGCCGUCACAGUAUACGACGGUCCUCACACUUGUCCAUCAGUUGGGGUGAACAAAGAUGGCAGAAUGAUGGAUUCCAAUUUUCUUGCCAAAGAACUUCAUACAUAUGUAUUUGCAGAUCACACCAGCAAAAUAAAGGAUCUCCAAAAGCUAAUGAAGGAAAGGUUUAAGCACAAUAUAUCGUACUACAAGAUAUGGGAUGCGAAACAAAAGGCUAUUGCAAACAUACACGGGAAUUGGGAAGAGUCGUAUCAAAAGUUGCAGAAGUUGUUGUUGGCAUAUAAGGAUAGCGAUCCGGGUACACAAGUGUCUUUUCGGUUGAUCAACGGGAACAUACCAGGUACUAUUAUAUUCAAGUAUGUGUUCUGGGCUUUCGCACCUUCCAUUGCUGGAUUUGCAUAUUGUAGGCCAGUAAUUAGUAUUGACGGAACUCAUCUUUAUGGAAAAUAUAAAGGAAAGUUGUUGAUUGCAAUGGCUACUGAUGCUAAUAAUGAGAUUUUUCCGCUUGCCUUUGCGGUUGUGGAUGAUGAGACGGGGGCCAGUUGGGGAUGGUUUUUAUCUUGCCUUCGAACUGCGAUACGUGAUGUGGUACUUGAUUCUGGCAUUUGCAUAAUAUCAGACCUACAUAAAGGUAUAAUAUCAUCCAUUAGAGAGUGGCCCAAUGAUUAUGUUCCAGUAUAUCAUAGAUAUUGCAUUAGACAUGUGGCCAGCAACUUCAACACUCAAUUUAAUGACAAAUUCUUAAAGUCUUUGGCCUUGAAUGCAGGAUACGAGCAUCAAGAUCGCAAACUUGAAAAAAUAUUGGAUUGCCUUAAGGAAGCUGAACUCAAAUUUAGUUUGGAUCCCAAUCCCAAUAUAGCAAAAAAGAAGCCAUACUCCUAUCUAGUGAAGGAGGGUCUGGAGAAGUGGACACUGUCACAUGAUGGUGGACAUCGUUAUGGGGCAAUGACUACCAAUAUGUCCGAGUGUUUCAAUGGAGUUCUAAAAGGUGCACGUGGACUACCCAUAUCUGCAUUGGUUGACUACAUUUGGUGCAAACUUGUCGCCUAUUUCAAUGAUCGGCGCACUAAAAUAUUGGGUGAUAUUGAACAUGGUCAAAAGUUCAGCAAGCAUGCCAUGGAGAAAUAUGAAGCAAAUUACGAAAAAGGGACAAGACACUAUGUGAGGCUAUUUAACCAGCAAGACGGUAUAUAUCAGGUUUGCACAUCAUAUAAUCCACACAGAUCUGAUGGGGGAGACCAUAGUCAUGAAGUAAGGUUGUUGGAGAACACAUGUAGUUGUGGCAAAUGGGAAAUCUAUAAGAUCCCUUGUUCACAUGUGAUUGCAGUUUGUAUCAGGGAACAUGUCAAUGCAAUGAGGUAUAUUGACCCAUGUUAUACUUUACAACAACGACUUGCCACUUAUUCACAUGAGUUUCAUGUGCCCAAGGAUAAGUCAUUAUGGCGGGAGGUUAGUGGCCCAAAGUUGUAUCCUAACCCAGAAAUGUUGCGAGACAAAGGUCGACCUAUGUCAACAAGAAUAAGAAAUGAGAUGGACUGGAGGGAGAGUCAACCCAAGCCGAAAUGUGGAGUGUGUCAUGAAGAUGGCCAUAACCGUAGGAGAUGUCCGAAUGCGAUUCGCGCAUCAACAAGCAGCAAUGUUCCGAACUAGAUUUUGGUGGGGGAAGCAAUUAUCCAAGUAUUUCCUACAUAGAUUUUUAUGGCUUCAAACGGUGGGUGGUCAAGACACUUGUCAUUACAAUUUAGAAGGCUUUAGGGGGACUAUGUAUCAACCCCUCUACUUUCUUUUUGCUAUUUAGAAGUUAGAACUACAAAUAAUGUAUUGGUCCAAUCGUAACAGACUUUUGGGACUUCAAAAAUUUUUCCCCUUUAAUAUUAAUUGACAUUGGAUCAUUUGGGUGGGAAA